AUGUCUACCUCACCUCCCAAUACAGCUGGCCCAGCCGGCACCAAGACAGGGCAAGAUGAAGUCGCCCAGGAUAACCAGAUUGAACGCAUCGAAACCGCCCAGGAUGAUGGACUAUUUGCCAAGUUCCCUCGGAUGGACAAAGUGGACGAGUUUGGCGCACACUCCAAAACAGACCCACGGGAAAUAGCUCUCGUCAAGAAGCUUGACCGGUACAUUAUCCCCAUCUUAUGGUUCAUGUACCUCUUCAACUACCUUGACCGCAAUGCUCUGGUCAACGCCAGGCUGAACAACCUCGAAGAAGAUCUCGGCCUCAAGGGCACUCAAUACAACACCUGCGUGUCCAUCUUGUUUGUCGGUUACAUAGCAGGACAGAUCCCUAGCAACAUGGUAAUCAACAGAGUCAAGCCCUCCUGGUAUAUGGCCGGGUUCUGUCUAGCCUGGUCCAUCGUCAGUCUUCUUACAUUCCUGGCCAAAGACUAUAGUAGCAUGGUUGUCCUUCGCUUCUUCCUAGGCGUCACUGAGGCUCCUUUCUAUCCAGGCGCACUCUAUGUGAUAAGCAUGUUCUACACGCGAAAAGAAAUUGCCGUGCGGCUCGCAGUGUUUUAUACCGGCAACAUGUUUGCUAGUUCUUUCUCUGGCCUAAUCGCAGCUGGGAUCUUUGCCGGUCUUGACCAAGUGAAGGGUCUCGCCGGCUGGCAAUGGCUCUUCAUCAUUCAAGGAGCCCUAUCAAUUGUUACCGCCUUGUUGGCCUUUGCUUUUUUGCCGGACCACCCUUUGACGACUCGAUGGCUAUCCCCAGAGCAGAGACAGCUGGCACACAAUCGAAUCUUUACCGACACCACAGAUGCACGCGAGGGAACUAGUGUUUGGACUGGCCUGCGAGAAGCCGUCGUGGAUUGGAGAACAUGGGCAAUGUGUCUCAUGUACAACCUGCAUCUGUCUUCGGUCGGCUUCCAGAAUUUCCUCCCAACUGUCAUGGAAACUCUGGGCUACAGCCGAACUAUCACUCUGGUCCUAACAUGUCCACCAUAUCUUCUCGCAGCCACGGUUGGAAUUGUCAUCGCCUGGACCUCGGGUCGUUGGAACGAACGAACCUGGCAUAUAACCAUCUGCAAGUGCAUUGUCAUGGCCGGCUUCAUUAUUCCUGCCGCGACCUACAACCUCGGCGCGCGGAUGUUUGGCAUUUUCCUCUUUGUUGGCUUCAGCUUUGGUAUCAACAACCUUCUCCUCGCUUGGAUCAGCGCAACUUUGGGACAGACGAAUGAGAAGAAAUCGGUGGCACUCGCCAUUUGCAACACCUUUGGAAACGUGGCUAGUGUUUACACGCCUUACAUCUGGCCCAAGUCAGAUGGUCCUCGAUAUCUGAAGGCAUGGAUGGCGAGCAUCGCCUUUUCGAUUGGAGUCAUUGUCAUUGCAUGGGCCAUGAGGAUAACACUUCAAAGGCAGAACAAGAAGAUGCGGAGGGAUCAUCCGGAACUCACUAAUUUCUAUGUUUAUUAG